GGGUGGGGGGGUGGGGGGUAUGCGCUCUUUUCCUCGCAACAUCGCUGGCGGAGCGAGGGAGCUCACACGACACAGAUUUUGGGGCAAAGCCUUUCCAUCUGGACAGCACCAUGUCCACCAAAGCGGAGCAGUUUGCUUCCAAGAUCCGGUACUUGCAGGACUAUCAUAAUCGAGUUCUCCACAACAUUUAUCCCGUACCAUCAGGAACAGAUAUCGCAAACACCCUGAAGUACUUUUCCCAAACCUUAUUAAGCAUUUUGUCCCGCACAGGGAAGAAGGAAAACCAAGAUGCCUCCAAUUUGACAGUGCCCAUGACCAUGUGUCUUUUUCCUGUGCCAUUCCCACUCACCCCAUCUCUAAGACCGCAGGUCAGUUCCAUCAACCCUACUGUUACUCGCUCCCUCCUUUACAGCGUCCUGCGAGAUGCUCCUUCAGAACGCGGCCCGCAAAGUCGUGAUGCUCAGUUGUCAGACUACCCUUCUUUGGACUACCAAGGCCUCUACGUGACUUUGGUGACUCUCCUGGAUCUAGUUCCUUUACUACAGCAUGGCCAACACGAUCUUGGACAGUCAAUAUUUUAUACAACCACAUGUUUGCUACCCUUUCUCAAUGAUGAUGUUCUGAGCACUUUGCCCUACACGAUGAUCUCCACGCUAGCUACCUUUCCUCCAUUUCUUCACAAGGAUAUUAUUGAAUACCUUAGCACAUCUUUUCUACCAAUGGCCAUAUUGGGUUCCUCCAGGAGAGAAAGCGUCCCAGCCCAUGUGAACCUCUCUGCAUCCGCCAUGCUAAUGAUUGCAAUGCAGUACACAUCUAAUCCAGUGUAUCAUUGUCAAUUAUUGGAAUGUCUCAUGAAAUAUAAGCAAGAAGUCUGGAAAGACCUUUUGUAUGUGAUUGCAUAUGGGCCUUCACAGGUGAAACCCCCAGCGGUGCAGAUGCUUUUCCACUACUGGCCCAACCUAAAGCCCCCUGGGGCAAUAAGCGAGUACAGGGGGCUGCAGUACACAGCUUGGAAUCCCAUCCACUGCCAGCACAUCGAAUGCCACAAUGCAAUUAACAAGCCGGCUGUGAAGAUGUGUAUAGACCCUUCCUUGUCGGUAGCUCUGGGUGACAAGCCACCUCCACUGUAUCUCUGCGAAGAAUGCAGCGAGAGGAUUGCAGGGGACCACAGCGAGUGGUUGAUUGAUGUUCUCCUGCCACAAGCUGAAAUAUCUGCUAUAUGUCAGAAAAAGAACUGCAGCUCCCAUGUCAGAAGGGCAGUCGUCACCUGCUUUUCCGCAGGGUGCUGUGGUCGUCACGGAAACAGGCCUGUUCGGUACUGCAAAAGAUGCCACUCCAAUCACCACAAUAACGAGGUGGGGGCCACGGCAGAGACUCACCUCUACCAGACCUCUCCACCCCCCAUCAACACACGGGAGUGUGGGGCGGAGGAGCUGGUCUGCGCCGUGGAGGCAGUGAUCAGUUUGUUGAAAGAAGCGGAGUUCCAUGCGGAGCAGAGAGAACAUGAAUUGAACCGGCGGCGGCAGCUGGGCCUCUCCUCCUCCCACCACUCCCUGGACAACGCGGAUUUUGAUAACAAGGACGAUGAUAAGCAUGACCAGAGGCUGCUCAGUCAAUUCGGAAUAUGGUUCUUAGUAAGCCUCUGCACACCCAGUGAGAACACACCCACGGAGAGCCUGGCCCGGCUGGUGGCCAUGGUAUUUCAGUGGUUUCAUUCCACGGCAUACAUGAUGGACGAUGAAGUUGGAAGUUUAGUGGAAAAACUAAAGCCUCAGUUUGUCACCAAGUGGCUGAAGACAGUAUGUGACAUCCGCUUCGAUGUCAUGGUCAUGUGCCUUCUUCCCAAACCCAUGGAGUUCGCCAGGGUUGGCGGAUACUGGGAUAAGUCCUGUAGCACAGUGACUCAGUUAAAGGAAGGUCUCAACAGGAUUCUCUGCCUGAUCCCUUACAAUGUGAUCAGCCAGUCUGUGUGGGAGUGCAUUAUGCCAGAAUGGCUGGAAGCCAUCCGAACAGAGGUCCCUGAUAACCAGUUAAAGGAAUUCAGGGAAGUAUUAAGCAAAAUGUUUGACAUAGAACUGUGUCCUCUGCCGUUUUCAAUGGAAGAGAUGUUUGGCUUUAUUAGCUGCCGGUUUACAGGAUACCCCUCCACCGUGCAGGAACAAGCACUACUCUGGCUUCAUGUAUUAUCGGAGUUAGAUAUCACAGUUCCACUUCAACUCUUGAUAAGUAUGUUUUCUGAUGGUGUUAAUUCUGUCAAAGAAUUGGCAAAUCAAAGAAAAUCAAGAGCCAAUGACCUGUCAGGGAACGCCGCAGCACGAAGGGUGAGUGUCGCCUCUGAUCCUGGUCGGCGAGGUCAGCACAAUAUGUUGAGUCCGUUUCAUAGUCCUUUCCAGAGUCCAUUCCGGAGUCCCAUGCGUAGUCCAUUUCGUAGCCCUUUCAAGAAUUUUGGACACCCAGGAGGAAGGACUAUUGAUUUUGACUGUGAAGAUGAUGACAUGAAUCUUAAUUGUUUCAUCCUGAUGUUUGAUCUUCUCCUAAAGCAGAUGGAGCUACAAGAUGAUGGCAUCACGAUGGGUUUAGAGCACAGUUUGUCAAAGGACAUUAUUUCUAUCAUCAACAAUGUCUUCCAGGCCCCCUGGGGGGGCUCCCACAGCUGCCAGAAGGACAAAAAGGCAAAGGAAUGUAACUUAUGCCAGUCUAGUAUCCUUUGCUACCAGCUUGCUUGUGAACUCCUAGAGAGACUAGCACCCAAAGAUGAAAGCCGUCUGGUGGAGCCCACAGACAGCCUUGAAGACAGCCUCCUUUCUUCCAGACCAGAGUUCAUUAUAGGGCCUGAGGGAGAGGAGGAGGAGAACUCAGCAUCCAAGCAUGGAGAGAAUCCAGGCACCCGUCCAGCGCCCUCAGAACAUGCUGCAAUAAAGAACGAUACAGAGAGAAAAUUUUGCUACCAACAGCUUCCAGUGACAUUGAGACUAAUAUAUACCAUUUUCCAGGAAAUGGCUAAGUUUGAAGAGCCAGACAUCCUUUUUAAUAUGCUCAAUUGCCUAAAGAUUCUCUGUCUGCACGGAGAGUGUUUAUAUACUGCGAGGAAAGACCAUCCUCAAUUUUUAGCCUACAUUCAGGACCACAUGUUAAUUGCAAGCCUGUGGAGAGUCGUCAAGUCUGAGUUCUCUCAGCUGUCUUCACUGGCGGUACCUCUCCUUCUUCACGCUCUGUCACUUCCUCAUGGUGCUGACAUAUUCUGGACAAUCAUAAACGGCAACUUCAACAGCAAAGACUGGAAGAUGAGGUUUGAAGCAGUGGAAAAAGUAGCUGUCAUUUGUAGGUUUUUGGAUAUUCACUCAGUGACCAAAAACCACCUGCUGAAGUACUCACUAGCACAUGCCUUCUGCUGCUUUCUGACAGCUGUGGAGGAUGUCAACCCCGCAGUGGCCACCAGAGCAGGUCUCCUGCUCGACACCAUAAAGAGGCCAGCCCUGCAGGGUCUCUGUCUCUGCCUUGACUUCCAGUUUGACACUGUAGUUAAAGACCGACCCACCAUCCUGAGCAAGCUUUUACUCUUGCAUUUCCUUAAGCAAGAUAUUCCUGCUUUGAGCUGGGAGUUCUUUGUCAACAGAUUUGAGACACUUUCUUUAGAAGCUCAGCUACACUUGGAUUGUAACAAAGAAUUUCCUUUUCCUACAACCAUCACUGCUGUGAGAACCAACGUUGCCAACCUCAGUGAUGCUGCGUUGUGGAAAAUCAAGAGGGCACGCUUUGCAAGAAACCGUCAGAAGAGCGUGCGGUCUCUGAGGGACAGCGUUAAGGGGCCCGCAGAAUCCAAGAGGGCACUCUCCCUCCCUGAGACCCUGACUUCCAAAAUCCCUGUGAGGUUGACCAGGCAUGAGCAGUCUGCUCCAGCUCUCGGUGGGACACCUGAACAGACGCCAGGACAACAGUCUCCUGAGAACGACAACACCAUCAAGGACUUGCUCCCAGAAGAUGCUGGCAUUGACCACCAGACAGUUCACCAGCUGAUUACAGUGCUCAUGAAGUUCAUGGCCAAGGAUGAGAGCAGUGCUGAGUCAGACAUUAGCAGUGCAAAGGCCUUCAACACGGUCAAGAGGCACCUCUACGUCUUACUCGGCUACGACCAACAGGAAGGCUGCUUCAUGAUUGCACCCCAAAAAAUGCGCCUGUCAACGUGCUUUAAUGCAUUUAUUGCAGGAAUUGCCCAAGUUAUGGACUAUAACAUUAACUUGGGCAAACACCUUCUCCCCCUCGUGGUCCAGGUGCUCAAAUACUGCUCUUGUCCUCAACUACGGCAUUAUUUCCAACAGCCACCUCGCUGCUCCCUCUGGUCCUUAAAGCCUCACAUCAGGCAGAUGUGGUUGAAGGCCUUGCUCGUCAUCCUUUACAAGUAUCCCUACCGAGACUGUGAUGUCAGCAAGAUCCUGCUACACCUGAUUCACAUAACAGUCAAUACACUCAAUGCGCAGUACCAUAGCUGCAAGCCCCAUGCCACGGCAGCGCUGUACAGUGACAACAGCAACAUAAGCAGAUACAGCGAGAAAGAAAAAGAAGAAGAUAGUGUUUUUGAUGAAUCUGAUAUUCAUGAUACACCUACUGGACCCUGCAAUAAAGAGUCUCAAACUUUUUUUGCAAGAUUGAAAAGGAUAGGCGGCAGCAAAAUGGUGAAAUACCAGCCGGUUGAAAUGAAUGCUCAGAGAAGUGAAAUAGAACUGGCUGAAUAUAGAGAAUCGGGUGCGUUACAAGACAGCGUUCUGCACUGUGUGAGAGAAGAAAGCAUUCAGAAAAAAAAGCUACGCUCUUUAAAACAAAAAUCUCUUGAUAUAGGGAAUGCAGACUCCCUCUUGUUCACAUUAGAUGAGCAUCGUAGGAAGUCCUGCAUAGAUCGGUGUGACAUAGAUAAGCCUCCUGCCCAAGCUGCCUGUAUCACACAGCGGCAAAAUGACCACCACGGACGGUCUAGACAGAAUUCUGCCACGAGGCCGGACAAUACUGAAAUCCCCAAGAAUCCAUCGAGUGAAGGUUUUCAAGAAACACGAAGGCCUGUGAUACCAGAAGUUAGGUUGAACUGCAUGGAGACAUUCGAAGUGAGAGUUGACUCCCCGGGAAAACCUGCUCCUAAAGAGGAUUUAGAUCUCAUAGAUUUGUCCUCAGAUUCAACGUCUGGGCCAGAGAAACGCUCUAUACUCUCAACAUCGGACAGUGACUCUCUUGUAUUUGAGCCCCUCCCGCCUCUCAGAAUAGUAGAAAGUGAUGAAGAGGAAGAGAUGAUGAACCAAGGGAAUGAUAGUCCCUUGGUUAAGAAUGCUGCCUCCUCGCCCUCCUUCCCCAGCCAGCCCUCGGUCCUCAGCCUAAGCACCACCCCGCUUGUGCAGGUGAGUGUGGAGGACUGUUCCAAAGACUUCUCUUCUAAGGACUCAGGAAACCACCAGUCAGCAGGAAAUGGAGACUCUACGGUCACGGCUCUAGACGAUCUCACAGACUCGGAAGAGCUGUCCAAGUCAGAGGAGCUGAGGGAGUUUCCCUCUGGCAGUCCGCUAACGCUUAAGCAAAAACGAGACCUCCUCCAGAAGUCAUCCGCUGUCCCUGAGAUGUCAGUGGACUACAGCCCUGACCUUGGCCCAGCUGAGGAAAAGGCAGGGCAGACACCAACAUCAGGGACCAAAACUGUACUCCUCAAAGUUCCUGAAGAUGCCGAGAAUCCGAUAGAAAUCGAAAAGCCCAACACCAGUGCUGAGUCCGAUACGGAACAGAACCCUGAAAAGAAGGUGGAGGAGGAUGGGGCUGAGGAAUCAGAAUUUAAGAUUCAGAUUGUCCCCAGGCAGAGGAAACAAAGGAAGAUUGCUGUCAGCGCUAUCCAGAGAGAGUACCUCGACAUCUCCUUCAACAUUCUAGACAAACUGGGUGACCAGAAGGACCCAGAUCCCUCUUCUAAAGGACUUUCAACACUGGAAAUGCCACGGGAAUCUUCAUCUGCCCCUACGUUAGAAGCAGGUGCACCUGAAACAGGCAGUCACUCGUCAAUAUCAACUCAGUAUAGGCAGAUGAAAAGGGGAUCCCUGGGAGUUCUGACAAUGAGCCAGUUAAUGAAGCGACAGCUGGAGCAUCAGUCUAGCGCCCCCCAUAACAUCAGCAGCUGGGACACUGAACAGGUACAGCCCGGGAAACGCCAGUGUAAUGUGCCAAUGUGCCUAAACCCUGACCUGGAGGGACAGCCACUGAGAACAAGAGGUGCCACUAAAUCCAGUCUGCUGUCAGCACCCAGCAUAGCCAGUAUGUUUGUGCCCGCACCCGAAGAGUUCACGGAUGAGCAGCCAACGGUGAUGACGGACAAAUGCCAUGACUGUGGGGCCGUUCUCGAAGAAUACGAUGAAGAAACCCUGGGGCUGGCCAUCGUGGUCCUCUCCACGUUCAUUCAUCUGAGCCCGGACUUGGCGGCCCCUCUGUUGCUUGAUAUCAUGCAGUCCGUGGGAAGGCUUGCAUCCAGCACCACCUUUUCUAAUCAAGCGGAAAGCAUGAUGGUUCCAGGCAACGCGGCAGGUGUGGCCAAGCAGUUCCUCCGCUGCAUCUUCCAUCAAUUGGCCCCCAACGGCAUCUUCCCCCAGCUGUUCCAGAGUGCCAUCAAAGAUGGGACUUUUUUACGGACCUUAGCCACAUCACUCAUGGACUUCAAUGAGCUGAGCUCAAUUGCUGCCCUUGGUCAACUCUUGGAGGGUCUAAAUAACAAAAAGAAUUUACCAGCAGGGGGCGCGAUGAUACGCUGUUUGGAAAACAUUGCCACGUUCAUGGAGGCUCUGCCCAUGGAUUCUCCUAGUAGCCUCUGGACCACAAUCAGCAACCAGUUUCAGACAUUUUUUGCCAAGCUGCCUUGUGUUUUACCUCUGAAGUGUUCGUUAGAUUCCAGUUUGAGAAUUAUGAUUUGCCUCUUGAAGAUCCCUUCUACCAAUGCCACGAGGAGUUUGUUGGAACCAUUUUCCAAGCUCCUCAGCUUUGUCAUUCAGAAUGCUGUCUUCACGCUGGCCUACCUGGUGGAGCUGUGUGGCUUGUGUUAUCGAGCGUUCACUAAGGAACGGGAUAAAUUCUACUUGUCUCGUAGUGUUGUUCUGGAACUUCUCCAGGCCCUGAAGUUCAAGUCUCCUUUGCCAGACACAAACCUCCUGCUUCUUGUCCAGUUUAUUUGUGCAGAUGCUGGAACUAAGCUGGCUGAAUCCACCAUCCUGAGCAAGCAGAUGAUAGCCUCCGUGCCUGGGUGCGGGACAGCUGCGAUGGAAUGCAUCCGGCAGUACGUCAGUGAAGUGCUGGACUUCAUGGCAGACAUGCACACCCUAACCAAGCUCAAGAGCCACAUGAAGACGUGCUCCCAGCCUCUGCACGAGGAUACCUUCGGUGGCCAUCUCAAAGUGGGCCUAGCUCAGAUCGCAGCUAUGGAAAUCUCCCGGGGCAACCACCGAGAUAACAAAGCUGUGGUCCGCUACCUGCCCUGGCUCUACCACCCUCCUUCUGCGAUGCAACAAGGACCUAAAGAAUUCAUCGAGUGUGUCUCCCACAUCCGUCUGCUGUCCUGGCUGCUCCUGGGGUCCCUCACACAUAAUGCGGUCUGUCCCAAUGCCUCCUCUCCCUGCCUUCCCAUACCUCUGGAUGCAGGCUCCCACAUUGCAGACCACCUUAUUGUUAUCCUAAUUGGAUUUCCAGAGCAAUCAAAGACCUGUGUGCUGCACAUGUGUUCCCUCUUCCACGCUUUCACCUUUGCUCAGCUCUGGACGGUGUACUGCGAGCAGAGCGCCGUGGCCACAAACGUCCAAAAUCAGAACGAGUUCAGCUUCACAGCAAUACUGACAGCACUAGAAUUCUGGAGCAGGGUGACACCCAGCAUCCUUCAGCUGAUGGCCCACAACAAAGUGAUGGUAGAAAUGGUGUGUCUCCAUGUGAUUAGUUUAAUGGAGGCAUUGCAAGAAUGCAAUUCAACCAUUUUUGUCAAGCUCAUCCCUAUGUGGUUGCCAAUGAUUCAGUCAAAUACCAAGCACUUAUCCGCCGGCCUCCAGCUCCGUCUCCAGGCCAUUCAGAACAACGUGAACCACCACAGCCUAAGGACGCUGCCCGGCUCGGGCCAGAGCAGUGCUAGCCUGGCUGCCCUCCGCAAAUGGCUGCAGUGCACCCAAUUCAAAAUGGCCCAGGUGGAGAUCCAGUCCUCGGAAGCAGCUUCUCAAUUUUAUCCUCUAUGAGUGGACUCCUCGGCUCCAGUGUCAACACUCUGGCUUAGCAAUAAUGGGUAUAAAAAACAAACCAUUUGAUCCACGCAGGUUGGGGAACAUUGGUACUGUACAUUCUCUUUCUAGUUUAGUAUAAAGACGUGCAAAGGCCGGAGAGGGCCACAAACGAAGCUUUCUUGCUACACAUAUUUCUGAUGACUCCUUGGGCUAUCUGAUUAAGUGUUUCCUUACAUUAUUUUUUAAAAAAAAAAACCAAAUCAUUUUUCUUUAUCUAACUUCUAUUUUUUUUAAGAAAAAAUAAAAAAAAAACAGACUGGUGGGUACUCACAGAAAAGUUGUAUAAAGUCCCCCUGUUGCUAUUUUUGAUGAUAGAGAAUAAAUAGGGUUUUUGAGAA